AUGGAUAAGAUCAAGGAGAAAAUGAACUCUCUCCGCCUGGAGGCGGAUGAGGCCCAUUCGAAGGUGGAGGAGCUCAAGAACAAGGUCAAGUCGCUGGAGCAGGAGAACCUGGCAAAGGAGCAGGAGAUCACCUCCCUCACCCACCGAAACCAGCUGCUGGAGGCCGAGAUCGAGAAGCUCGAGACUGGCAUCAAGGAGGCCAAGGACUCUGCCAGCCAGAGUGCCCAGCACGACACCCAGAACGAGGCUCUGCAGCGACGUCUCCAGCUGCUCGAGGAGGAGGCCGAGGAGGCGGAUAAGAACCUUCGUGAGACCAACGAGAAGCUGCGUCAAACCGAUGUCAAGGCGGGUCACUACGAACGCAAGGUGCAGGCUCUGGAGGCUGCCCGGGACCAGUGGGAGAGCAAGUACGAAGAGAUGUCGAAGAAGUAUGCGGAGCUACAGAAAGAGCUGCACGACCUCGAGGUGUCCAUCAGCAACGUCUAG